CAUUGUUUGAGGUCCUUACUCAAUCCAUUCCAUAGUUUGAUUCCACAUACUGAAAUGCUAUGGCUUUUUUAUGUGGCUUCGUUCCUCAUGAACUACUGUAAUUUUGUGUACUUUACUGUAAAGUGUUACCAGGUAUGGAAAAGGCACCAUGUUUAGGAGCCAUUACCUUAAAGUUCUCAGAAAUCCCUCACACACAAAGAUACUUCCCGCUGUGUAGCAAUAUGGGAAGCACAUGUGAGAGACCAUGUGAGUGGAUGCUGCUUGAGGCUGAGCCAAUCAGUGCCGAGGAUACUGAACAAUAACUUCCUCUACUGUGCCCAGGCCAGAUGUUUAAGUUAAUUUAACAACUUCUAUGCUUGAAAAUGCUUUAUUUAGGUCAAUAAUACAUAACAUUUGCUUAAAUAAGCAUAUGUCUGACUAAUAAUAGGCCGUAUAGUCAACCACAAAGCAGCUAUCAUUCAUUAAUUAAUUUCUGAAAAAACACAAUAUAGUGAGGGAGUGACAAUCAAACCGCAAUGUUCCGAGGCACGACUGUAAUAAUCUUAUUAGAUUGUGUGUCAAAUAAUAUGGCCCGUAAUGAUAUAUAUAUGUUUACACCCAAGGUGUCAUGAAACGGGUCGACGUGUUGUUCAAACACUUCAAUGGGCUGGGCUGAAUACAAAAGUGCUAAUCAUCUUAGCAUGCCGCCAUCACAACAAAAACAAGCCUCGCCAUUAGCGCCGCCGCUUGUUUUUUGCGAAGCCAUCCGGACUUCUUAAUCACCGUAAUGCUGCACAAAGGCACACCCGCAUCCCUGGCGCUGAUGGCUGAUAAUUGAUGGAUUGGAACAAAAUGUAACAACCUAUGGAGGCAAAAUGGGCUGUUUUGACUGCAGGGUCGGAGUCCAUGGUUAUGAAGAUAGAAAAAGCUCAAAGAGUUCUGAACACAUCACAAGAAAUUGUAUUUCGGUACUUGGUGCAUGUGGAUUAUUUCAUUUCAUUUUGCUGGAGCCUAUCCCAGCUGUCUUUGGGCGAGAGGCGGGCUACAUCCUGGACUGGUGGCCAGCCAAUCACAGGGCACAUAUACAAACAACCAUUCACACUCACAUUCAUACCUAUGGACAAUUUGGAGUUGCCAAUUAACCUAGCAUGUUUUUGGAAUGUGGGAGGAAAUCGGAGUGCAUGUGGAUUAAUUAAAUAUAAUUUUUCAUUCCAAUUUAGUUUUGUGAUCAUGCAAAACAUGAUUAGAGCCCUCUAGACAUGAAAUAAUACCCCUAUAUUUAUACUCAUUCAUUCAUUUUCUACCGCUUAUCCUCACGAGGGUCGCUGUUUACCCCCUUCAAACAUGAUUAGAGCCCUCUAGACAUGAAAUAACACCCCUAUAUUUAUACUCAUUCCUUCAUUUUCUACCGCUUAUCCUCAGGAGGGUCACGGGGGUGCUGGAACCUAUCCCAGCUGUCUUCUUCGGGCGAGAGGCGGGGUACACCCUGGACUGGUGGCCAGCCAAUCACAGGGCACAUAUAGACAAACAACCAUUCACACUCACAUUCAUACCUAUGGACAAUUUGGAGUCGCCAAUUAACCUAGCAUGUUUUUGGAAUGUGGGAGGAAAUCGGAGUGCAUGUGGAUUAAUUAAAUUAAUUUGAUUCCAAUUUAGUUUGUGAUCAUGCAAAACAUGCCGCAUACCAAAUCCAAUGCAUACUCCCAGUGAGAAGUAAAGCAUAUUAUAACGAGCUAUUAUCUUUGAUAAGGCAGACUGUUUGACACAUGCAAAUAUUAAUACAAACAGACUACGUGCAGCAAUUAACUGCAGCGAGAGUGCAUGAACACAAUAAACACAACAACAAAGACCACAGCAAUGCAUGCUGGGUGAUUUCCAGGAAUAAACACCUUGCUUUCUUUUGUACAUGAUGUGCAACAUGCAAAGUACAAUUAAGCGAAUCAACACACACACUAUGCGUUCUAAUCUCGUGCAGCAGCCUGACGAUUCUUUUGUUUGGACUUGUAUUGUCUCCGCUAUCUAAAACUUCCCAUGAGGUGUUGCUAUGGUGAUGGAGGGACAAUGCCCAGAAGAUCGCAGAAAGGGAACCCGCCGGUUCGGGUAGUGAUUAGAUGAUUGUUCAAGUGGCCGAUGACUUUAGAGACCUCCCGUCGAGGCCUACAUCCCAUAAUAACGGCUGUCGGUGCAGCGAGGGCACUCUAAUGGAUUCAGAUUGUUUUUGCGGAAUGCCCACACUGUUCCACCUCGCAACCUCGCAGCCAUAUGAAUUCAAUGCGGUCACAAAGUACAGUGUAGUCAAUAAGUGUGCUUAUUAAAAAUAUUUACAUGUGGAUGAAUGGAUGGGUGAUAAAAUCAAACCUUGCCAGUGUUGCCAGGAAGUUGGAAACAUACACAGCCGUGACAGGCAAACAUUAUAAUAAAAAACAUUAUAAUAACAGCCACCGUUGGGCCAGUACUCAACUCUGAAUCCCCAGCGUCACUUCCUGUCCACACGCAGAGAAGAGAUUUGGAAGCAUGAGCCUCGUUUAUGUCUUAAAUAGCAUAUUUUCUCUGAUUUGAUGGACCAUGUUGGGUAAUAUGAGUGUAAAGGUGACUAUAAAGGUGUUAUUUUAUGUCUAGAGGGCUUUUAUCAUGGUAAAAAUUGUAUUUAGAAAGACAAACACAUUUUCUACCCUCUGAAUAUUACAAUAUUUGAUUUUAUUUUAUGUUUAUUACUAUUGAAUUCUAUUGAAUCCUACUUUCACUUAUCAUGGUCAGGUCUGGAACCAAUUAACCACGAUAAUUGAGGCAAUACUGUAUUAUAACAUUAUUACCAUCAUAUUAUGAUAUUAUAUUAUAAUAUAAUAUAUAUAUAUAUAUAUUAUAUUAUUAUAUAUACAUAGUAAUCUUGGAAAAAAAAAUUCCAUUCCUGCUUUUUUCAAAAAGUUUUCAAAUAUCUUUAUUCUUAAUUUUUCUGUGAAUUAUUUUUUCAGAAAUUAUAGCUUUAUUUUUUUUUACUUAAAUUUUUUAUAAUUAAUGUUAUUCCUUUAAAAAAAUAAGGGAUUUUUUUCUUGAAUAUUUCAACUUUAUGCUAUCAAAAAUAUAUUUAUUUCCUGACAAUAUUACACAAUAUUCACAAUAUUCUCAUAAAGUUACAGUAAACAGUUUUUUUCUCUCAAUAUCUGGACCCUUUGUACCCUUUUGAGUUGUGGACUCCUAUAGAGCAGCUACACACAAUAACUCGCACAAAAAGCUUUCUUUAUCUUCCAGAAUCUGCACCUAUUCCAGCUGCAUUUACUUGGAUUUGUUUAUUUCUAGAAUGUGAUUGGGCCAUUAAAAAAAAAUGGUAUUCAAAAACACUUGGGGCACCUCUGCUUUAUUAGGUACACAAUGCUAUCACACACAACACUCAAAUUCUUGACAGUAUUAAUCGAGCACAUAUCACACAUUAAUUUUUCAGAAAUUAUAACUUUAUUUUUUACUUAAAAUUUUGUUACUUUUUAGAUGUUAUUCCUUUAAAAUGUUUUUUCAUGUUUCUUUAAUAUUUUAACUUUAUGCUGAAAAUAUUAAACAAUAUUCACAAUAUUCUCAUAAAGUUUCAACAGUUUUUAUCUCUCAAUAUCUGGACCCUUUGUACUGAGUUGUGAACUCCUAUAGAGCAGCUACACACAAUAACCCGCAAAAAGCUUUCUUUAUCUUCCAGAAUCUGCACCUAUUCCAGCUGCAUUUACUUGGAUUUGUUUAUUUCUAGACGUGGGCCAUUUAAAAAAAUGGUGUUCAAAAACACUUUGAACACCUCUGCUUUAUUAUGUACACAAUACAAUCACACGCAACACACACAUUUUUCUGACUUUCAAGUGACAGUAUUAAUGGAGCACAUAUGCCUAGAAAGACCUGUGGACUGACAAGCAAACAGUGGAGAGUAAACUCCGAGCGAACCACCGAUGCAUCCAUCGUCUUAUUCCCCGAGGAGCUUAACGUGCUCAUCAAUUCUGAAGCCAGCACGAAAGCAUCAGUUACUCUCAGGAGGAUUGAUAAUGUGUUCAUUCAGUGAAAAACAUUCUCCUGAUUUCCUGCCAGUGAUGCUUUCAUGGAGUUUAGUAAAUGCAAAAAGCCAAUAUAUAUCUUUCAGUCAUCGAUGAAAGAUGAAGAUGAACCAAUUUUAAAUGAUUCUUCAUCUAUCUCAUCUCUUCUUGUAAUCCUUCGUAAUAGGCAACAUGAAAACACGCACUGACCCCGCCUCUCAUGAUAACACUCAUUUAAAAACAUGAAUGCAUGCGCCAACAUGGAAAAAAUGCACUUGAAAACAUGAUUUAUUACAUUUAUUCCAUCAAUUAAAAUAAUAUGAUGAUUAAAUAAUAGUAAAUGAAUCAGUAUUAAGGUUAUUUUGACUAAACAUGACAGAGCAAAGAUUAGGAAGCCAAAUAAAGCUUACCUGUGUCGCUGCUGAACCUUUAUUAAUCUCCGAAGAAGGACUUGAACACUGGAGCCCCGACGCCGAGCCGCACAAACCCCCUCUCUACGCUCCUUCCCUCCCUACGAGUGUGUGCGCGUGUACACCAUUGUGAUGCUAAUAAAGUAUUGACCAUGUGCGUUUGAUGCGCGUGCACGCAUAGCAGGCUAAUGGGGGGUGGGGGAAUAAGGUCAAAAGUCAAAUCAUGACAUAAUCUUUGCUCUGAGUGAUCGAUAUUUAGAACUUGUCCAGGUUUUUAGUCAUCUGUAUUGCGUCAGUAAGCAAGAUGUAGAUAUGAUGAUGAAUAUCGCCCUCAUUUGGUACAUUUGGUAUAACAGUGUGCAUUGAAAUUGGGGUGCCCCAAGACGUGACAUUCAGGUGCAGGUGCCAGCUCCAGAUUGUGCAGGGGCGUCAAAUGGCAGCUGACCCUGUAGGGAUGUUGCAGGGGGCAUCCCUCAUGACCUGGUCUAAGCAGAAGCAAUAUAUAUAUAUAUAUAUAUAUUUAAAUAUCCAUCCAUACAUUUUCCACUGCUUGUCCGUGUCUGAGUCGUGGGGGCAUUCUCAGGAGGGUGGUCCAGACUUCCCGGUCCCCGGCCACCUCCUCCAGUUCCACAGAGAGGACACAGAGGUGUUCCCAGACCUGCUGGGAGACAUAAUCCCUCCAACAUGUUCUUGGUCUGCCCCUGGGGCCUUCUUGCUGGGCAUGCCCGGAACACCUCACCAGGGCAGCAUCCGGGAGGCAUCCAGACUAGAUGCCCGAGCCUACUCGAGCCUACUCUGAGCCCCUCCCGGAUGACCGAGCUCCUCCCCCUAUCUCGUAGGGUGAGGAAACUCUUGUAUCAUUGCGGUUGUUAGGUUGCGGUGUUCAGGGAUUCGUGUCAAAAUAUAUAUUUUUUAUUAAUGAGUAAUAAAAAUGCAGGUAAAAAGUGUUGAAUUAUUAACAGAGACAAAACGUAAUAGAAAGGCUUUUUAUUAUUUUAAAAAGCACAGUUGUAUAACCUGCAGAGAGACAAAGAGCAGAAGGUGGCCUUUACAAACUCUAGAAUAAUAUUAAUAUUAUAUAUAAUAUAAUAUUAAUGGUAAUGGUUUUAUUUGAUUUGAACAUGCAUCAGAUUACAAUUGAAUGCAUCCCAUAAUCAGUUCACAGUUCCACAUGUCCAAAAGGAGUAGGAAGAAGCAAAGCUUAUUAAAUCCUACCCCUCCAUCUGGUACUUUUACAAUCACUAACUGUUACAUUUGUUCACUUCCUGCUUUCCAUAAUACAGUUUUUUUUUUUUUUUUUUUUACUUUUUUGUCCCGUACGAGGUGAUAUGUACCAUAGUAACUGUCCGUAAUAAUAAUAAUAAUAAUAAUAAUGGCAAAUUUUGGCAAAUUAUCAGUAUUUAUUUGGCAAAUAAGAUUUUUAUUUUUAAUUUUUUUUUACACAAAAUAAAUCAUAACAAAUAAUGUUUUGUAUGAUGCUUGGUUUGCACACAUCCUAAUAUAUGAAAAAUAAUAACGCACUUAAAAGAGUACCUUACAAUAACACUAUUUUAGCUUUUAAAAUACCAUUUCAGCUCAAAUGACUUGGCUGGUAUGGAUGCUAAUCAUGUAGGUCAUCCUGACACUGGGUGGCGCUCUAAUGCGUUGGUUAAACACGCUAAUUCAACAUAUGAAUGUUAUGCAAUACUAGCUUUCUCUCUGGUACAUUUUUUUGUCCUUUUUAGUGCGGCCUUCAACCUUUAUAAUAUUCCAUAGGGCAUAGAUUUCAUUCUACCAUAUGCUGCAGCCUGAUAAAAAUAAAGCCACAGGACUUUGGACACGUCUGCCUCCGAGUGUGCAAGUAUUCCUGAAAACAUCCCUUGAGCUUCUAAGACAACAAAGCCGGUCUUGGGUUAAUUUGUUUUCACAAAGCUUGCUAAUGACUGCGAUUAAUCCGCUAGCUGGUGAUCAGUAGUGCUGCAGGCAGGUAGCAAAAAUACAUUGAGAUGAAUGAGACGGCGGCUGCGCUCAUUCAUCUCGCAUCUCAUGAUGAUGAUGAUGAUGACGGGGACGAUAACGCUAAUGAUGAUGAAGCACAGGAAUGAUCUGUUCCCGUAUUUUAAUCACAGCAAAUAACACAUUCAUCAUUCAUUUGAUCCAAAUACAGCUUUGGGCGUUAGGAAUCGGUCUAGCUGACAUUGUCAACAUGGCGUCCACUUGGAUUUGGACUUUUUGACAUUUAUAAGGGACGUCAACAAAAGUACUGGGACGUUGACGGGCGAAUUGAAGAGACGUCAACGCAGCUCUUGGUUGUCGAAAUUCUUCUGGCACAUCUGGAAUGUUCUAGUUGAAAACAGACAGGCUUCGCUAGUCAGUCGGAUCGUUUCAUUUGGCUCCAACUGUGAUGUCAGCACUUUUUGCUCACGUAGCUACGCUGGUGUCGCUAACGUCCAUUUUGAGCUUUUACCUCCUCAGAGCAGGCUACACGCCUUCUUCUUGGCUUUGGGGGGCUGAGGAAUGAGGACCGCUCUGAUGGCUUCAUCAAACACCGUCUUCAAACCUCUCUGGGUCCAGCUUGGUGCCAACCAGGAUGAUGGGGGUGGACGGGCAGUGGUGGCGCACCUCCGGGUACCACUGAUGCGGGAAAAAGAGUUCUGUCAGACUUCACGGCAGAUGAGAAGAUGGAGCUGGAGAGCAUCAGGAUGUACAAGAAAGAACUUCUGGACGACAUCCAGAAGCUGAAACUGCAGAUCGACAGCGUCAUGGCCGAGGUGCUCAGGUUUGAGUUGGCCGAAGAUGAGGAAAGCAGGACCAUGGGGAGGAAGCAGUUCUACAACGGCAAGAAGAAGUUCAACAUGGACCCCAAGAAGGGUAUAAAUUACCUGCUGGACAACAAGCUGCUGGACAAAAAUGCACAAUGCAUCGCAGAGUUCCUGUACAAGGAGGAGGGACUCAACAAGACGGCCAUUGGAGACUUCCUGGGAGAAAGAGACGAGCUCCACCUGCAGACCCUGAAGGCCUUCGUGGAACUUCACGAGUUCUCGGACCUCAACCUGGUCCAGGCACUCAGACAGUUCUUGUGGAGUUUUCGUCUGCCCGGUGAGGCCCAGAAGAUCGACCGCAUGAUGGAGGCUUUUGCCGGACGCUACUGCGAUUGCAACGUCAACGUCUUCCAGUCCACCGACACCUGCUACAUCCUGUCCUUCGCCAUCAUCAUGUUGAACACCAGCCUGCACAACCCCAGCGUGAAGGACAAGACCACGCUGGAGCGCUUCGUCUCCAUGAACAGAGGCAUCAACAACGGCGAGGACCUCCCCCGCGACCUGCUCUCGAAACUAUACGACAGCAUCCGGAAUGAGCCUUUUAAAAUUCCGGAGGACGACGGGAACGACCUCACUCACACGUUCUUCAACCCUGACAGAGAAGGAUGGCUGCUCAAACUUGGAGGCCGAGUGAAGACGUGGAAGAGGCGAUGGUUCAUCCUGACUGACAGCUGUCUCUACUACUUUGAGUUCACCACCGACAAGGAGCCCCGAGGCAUCAUCCCGCUGGAGAACCUCUGCGUCCGUGAAGUUCCCUUUCCCCGCAAGCCUUACUGCCUGGAGCUGUACAACCCCAACAGCCGAGGACAGAAGAUCAAAGCGUGCAAGACGGAGACGGACGGCAGGGUGGUGGAGGGCAAGCAUCAGUCGUACGCCAUCUGUGCCAGCAGCGCAGACGAACGCGACUCCUGGAUCGCCGCCAUCAGGGCCAGCAUCACCAAGGACCCCUUCUACGACUUGGUGUCGCUACGCAAGAAGAAGCUGAUCACGCAGAACCAGAACCACCAGGACUGAGCUGGAGGUUUCCUGGCUAACAGAAAACGGCAGCAGACGUUCUCCUUCUUUGGGUCAGAACUUGGCCAGCGACACUGAAGACGUGUGUGAGUUUUCUCCUCCGGGUUUUGAAUAGUUUUUAUUCUUUUUCUUUUUUGAGCCUUGAAGAGGAGACUCAAAGAAACUGGACUUGGUUGAAGCUUGAAAGCAACAGAGAGGUUCAGAUCUGACUUGAGCUUCAUGGCUUCCUGUUCCUCCUACGCUGAGCUCAACGCACUUGAUGUGACUUCUGCUUUCAUUUCAGGAGGACGAGGACAGAAAUAAUAUCUUAAUAAUAUCUCAGUGAAGAUAGCAUUGUCCUCCUCUUGUAUCAUGGAUGACCAAAUGUGUUUUUCAUGGACGGAAACGUACUUUACAGGUUUGUAAAAAACACUUACCUCAUCAAGGAGGCUGUUUUUUUAAUAAUAAUUUAAUAUUUUUAUAUUCUACAACAAUAAAAUAAUACAUAAAAAAACACACCUAUCAAAAAAAGCAUCACAAACUCUGCCCUCAAGUGGCCAGAAACGGUUACUGCAUGUGCUACUACAUUUGAAACGUAUUUCAUUCACAUUUUUACAUAAUUAAUUCAUCAUAAACACUAUGCCAGUCUGGUUCCGGUCCAUCAAAAUCCCAGGAGGACACUUGAGUGUCAAACCAAAGACCCACUAGAUUUUAGACCCAUUGUAAGCGUCCCCAUAAGUAACUGUGAAACUGACUUACCAACCGCCGGUCAUCUUGUACUACUGCGUCUUACCACUAGAGGGUAGCAACGCACCUUUGAAUUAAUUUUUAAUUUAGUGCAGUCGUCCCUUGUUAACCGCCGGUCAGCUUGUACUACUGCGUUUUACCGCCAGAGGACAGCAACGCACCUUUGAAUUCAUUUUUAAUGUUGUGCAGUCGUCCCUCGUUAACCGGCCGGUCAGCUUGUACUAUUGCGUUUUACAGCUAGAGGGCAGCAACGCACCUUUGACAAAAUUUUUAAUGUAGUGCAGUCGGCCCUCGUUAAGUUGGCGCAUAGAAGAUUUAAUGAUUUUCUAAAUACGAAUUUCAACAUUAUUAGAGCCCUGUAGACAUGAACUAACACGCCCACAGUCACAUUUCCACUCCUAUUGUUCAUUGUUUACAACACAUUGCACAACUCUUAUGCUGCAGGGCCUCCAGACAGGCUAGCUAGCAAGCUGGUGAGCUAACGUCUAAACUUAACCCUUUAGGCACCAGUUUUUCAAGAGGUUGUAGCUUGAAAAUGGUUAGAGAUAAUAGCAUACUGUCAAUGAGAAAAGUCCUCGGUAUGAUUCAAAUUUUGUGAUGGAAGUAAAUGUACUUAUCUAACUUCCAUAAUAUGACGUCACCAGGCUCAGAAUUUGAGCUUACAAGCUCAUCAAAAUAUCUGAUUCAGUUGUGAUACUCCUCCUCAUUGCUCGAGCAUGCCCAGCCAUCAUCAUCGUCACUUAAAGCGAUAUCGUGAACAUCACUGCACUUACCACUUCCACACAAAAUGGGAGUUAUUUUAAUUUUUUUUUACAAUAUGUCGUAGAUGCGAUGGCUGACUUCAGGCAGUGUUAAGGUGAUUUAAUGUAAGGAAUUAUUUUGUAUCAUUACUGCCACCUAGUGACCAGAAUACCACAUAUUGAAUGUUUUGACUGAAAAUAGACCAUUUAUCACAAAACACAGGCCAUUUAUUGGGUAGUUUCUGAACUGUGAUAUGAGAGAUGAUUGUAACAAAGUAUACAAUAUUCUUGGCUACAAACUUCAACAUGAUAUAAAAAAAGGCCACACUGAUGAA